UAUCGUUUCGUCAUUUGCCAAUCAUCCGUCCGCCAUAUAAUAGGCUCAUAGUCCCGUAGCUCUCAAGAAUUCAUAUUACUCAUAACCGCUUUACAAUGAAGUCUUCAAUCGUUCUUUUCAUUUUGGCACUGUUGACGCUCACAGCCAUGAGUUAUGGCUCUUCUGGGAAUUCCAAUUGUCCUGCUGGUGAACACUUUGACGAGUGCGGAGAAACAAGUGAACCGUUAUGCUUUAAGGAUCCUAAUACUCCGGUAUUAAGAUACCAAAGUUGCAAUGCAGCAUGCUUCUGUAACGCAGGUUUGAUUCGUCAAAAGCCCGGUGGCGUAUGCAUCCCUUACGAACUUUGCUAAAUAAAAAUAUGUUUAAGUUGC